AUGCAGAAUAUGCAGGCAUGUCCCGCUCCCGACGCCCUACCACCGCAAAGAUCUAUGCACACCCACCGACUGCUGAGCUCCGAGAUUGUCCGACCGGUUUUCCAGCGCGAUACCGCUGCUAGAAGCGCGGCGGUGAAGUCCUUGAAACGUGUAGACACGCACUCGAACUCAAGCAUGCAGCUCCCCACACUAUCUAUGGCCAUUCAACAGCGCUCAAUUACCGCCGACUCAGCGCAGGCGGAGUGGUUCUUGGAUUCGCACUACAAUUCCAGUAGCCGAUCUGAUGAUGCUCUCGCUGUUGCGGCUGUGCGCGCUAGCAAACACCUACGUGACCGCGACACCGAUCAACCGCAGCCCAAACCAAAACGAAUUCGAGUCAAAACUCAGCGAAGACGCGAACAGUGUCGAGCUAACCAGGCUCGAUACCGUCAGAAACAAAUCGAUCUCGUCAAGAAGGUCGAAGAAACAGUCCAGAAGCUGCGUGCUGACAUUCCAAUCCUUGAGUUGCAGCGCAACACACUCCGUCACGGAGGCCAGCAAGACGUCUGGAACGUGGUGGUGGAGUACUUCCGCCUCUUUCGCUUCGGUGUUCUCGUGGAUUUGCCUCGGACUGGUAAACAAAGAGAAGCACACACAACUAAUGAUUCCGGCAACAACAUCGAUAACGCAGAGAAGAAGCAACAGCUUGCUUUCUUGCGCUCUUCGAUGAUGGAAGACGUCAAUCUAGGUGAACGAUCAGGUGUGGAGGCGCUUAUGCACCAGUGGCGGCUGUAUUCGUCGAGCUUCCAGAAUCUGUGCCUUCAGCUGCGUCACAUUCAGCGCACCACCGAUCGGUUUGUUAGUGUGACUGCAACGCUAAACGUGACAGUGUCGGAGUCAACGUUUGAGAAUGUGUUUCCGCACCUGAAGGAUAAGUUCUUACGCUCCAAACUUUUGGGCCAGCAUCUACAGGUGCCAUACUCUGUCUGUUUCGAGUGGGACGCUGCAUCAUGGCGACUGUCGCGUGUCGAGACAACGACAAACUUCACGACGCCAUUACUGCUUGUGCUAGGGAAUCUGUUGGAUGUGUCCUCAGUGUUGACGCGCGCACUAAUCACACGCGACGGCGCUGUCGGCAUAAAUGACAUGUAAAAUGGUAACUUGGAGCGUGAGCAAAUAGUUUUGGAGAUAUUGAUAAUAGUUUUUUUGCGU